AUGGAGACUGAAGAGAGGAACGCACAACCAUCGCCCAUCUCGCGCCUUCCUACCGAGCUUCUUACGACUGUCAUCAAAGUCAUCAUUCACGAUCCUACCUAUUCUCACCGGGGCGAAUAUCUGCCUGGCGUGUCCAUAGCCGUCUCACAAGUGUGCAGAUUCUGGCGCGAGGCGGCGUUCAGUCCCGCGUGUAGAGCGCUAUGGGCGCACGUGCCACUUCGGCACAACGCGGACUGCGUAGAUGCGUUCAUGAAGCGCUCGCACCCACUUCCUACCAUCGUGGCCAUAGAGCUCGGCAAUACGAGCACGCCCACAUCCUUCCUUGCACUCGCCCAAGCCAUGCUGCACAUGGAUCGCAUCGGAUGUAUCUCUUUCCACACGGAAUAUCAAGCUGAGAUGGCCUAUGAUCCAGUUGAGGAAGACCUACGCCGCCGUGUAUAUGACAUACUAUCUGCCCAUCCGGCUCCAUCGUUGAAAGACUUCAUCUGGUCUUGUUUGAUUGAUGAUGGUUUCGACGAUCUCAUACUACCGACUAGUCUAUUCGGAGGAAGGGUGCCGGAAAGUCUCCGUCGUGUUCGGAUGGAGGGUACGGAAAUACCCCUCGAACAUACCAUAUUACGCGCAAACCUGACGUCUCUCGAUCUUACCUGGUGUAUGGCAUGGAGAGACAUAGAUGGCCUCCUCGAUAGCCUAUCAUGCAUGUCCGGCUUGCAACAUUUUGUCCUUGACGCGACCCUCUUAUGGAACGACGGAUCCUCCCAGUCAUACGAUCUGCGUUCAGUCGAUCUACCGUGUCUGCGCACCUUUUGCAUAAGAGGCGAUGCUACACUGAGGAUGUCGGCGCUCGUCUUUGCAUACCUACGUAUCCCUAUUAAUACUCGCAUCCACCUAUCUUGCGAUUUCGGAGAGGCGCUCCAGGCCGACGUAACGCUGUUAUGCAAUGGCCUCGUGGCUCACUAUCGCAGCCACGAACCGAAGGACGGCACUCCCGACACGUUCUCGUCAGUCUCAGUCAGAGUUUGUGGAGCUAAUACGGAUGGUCUCGUCUUAGGAGCAUCUGUGCGCGGCGGUACGCCUCGCUUGUCCCUGGCACUAUCAGGCGCGUGGCCACCUAAGGCCCACCGCGCUAGGAUAACGUCGGUCGUACAUACAAUCCUCAGCUUACCAGCUGCGAGGCACGCAAGACGUUUCGAUGUGGCGCACAUAAAUUGGUUCGCCUUGGGGCGGGUAGCGGACUGGUUCCCCCUGCACACGUACCUCCCUGACUUGGACUCGAUACAUGUAUCUCGGUCAAACUUCCGCGGCUUGGCACCGCUGCUUCUUUCACCUUCUUCCACUGAAGCGCCUACUGCAUUCACCAGCCUCAAGCAGUUGCACAUCACGAGCCUGACCUUCGACACGAAAGGUCCCGAGGCAGCUUUCUUCUUCGUCGCAUUGACCCGUAUCGCACACUAUCGCGCAGCCUGCGGCCAUCCGUUGAAGUCUAUCGUCUUUCGCUCACGCUGGUACGCGACAGUGUUUGUGAAGCUGCUGUCAAACGUACUCCCGGAGGUCGAUGUUCGCGAGGAGAAAGAUGGAACUAUGGAUCAUGCGCUGGAAACAUUCUACAACGAAGGCGGUGAUCGAGACAUCACAGGCAUUGAGUAUAUGUAA